AUUACCCAUUCAGCUACGUCAACUCCUCGAUAUUUACAAUAUCUCUGCCGGCUUUGGGCACUUUCACGACUAGCGCCUGAUUCUGAUUGGCCGUAAAAUCUCAACUUUCUCAAAUCUACCACGUCUCUGAUCGGUCCACAAUCUCCAGCGGUUCUUCUUCGUCGUCUACCGCUUGAUUUCUUCUUCGCAAUCUUUAUUAUUUCCCAUUCUGGAUCAGCAGCAUGGACACGCUUCUAUCCCACGUUCUAUAUAGAUUCAUAUACGCAAUACACAUGGAAAUAGGUCGGUAGCAGUUUCGCUUCCUUCAUCGACCUCCUCUCACCCGUUAUUCCGCCAUUUCCAAUCUGACUAUGGAGUUGAAACCUGGAUUAUCGGCUUUGGUCACCGGCGGAGCUUCUGGAAUUGGUAAAGCGAUCUGCCUAGCUCUAGGAGAGAAAGGAGUAUUUGUGACUGUCGUUGAUGUUUCUGAAGAAAAGGGACAGGAAGUUGUAUCCAUUAUCCAACAAAAGAAUGCCAAGCUUCAUUCAAAGUCAGAGGUUCCACCUGCAAUAUUCGUAAGAUGUGAUGUUACCAACACAAAUGACGUACAGAAGGCUUUCGGCAAGCACUUAACAACAUAUGGAGGAUUAGAUAUCUGUAUCAAUAGUGCUGGAAUUGGCAGCAAAAUAGUAUUUCAUAGGGAUCAAACUGAUGGUGCUCGAACAUGGAGACAUGUUAUUGAUGUGAACCUACUUGGUGUCAUAGCAUGCACUCAACUUGCAAUAAGGACCAUGCAAUCAAUGGAAAGACCAGGUGUAAUUGUCAACAUAGGCUCUGCUUCAGGUCUUUAUCCACUAUCUGCAGAUCCUGCAUAUACUGCGUCCAAAGGUGGUGUUGUUAUGUUUACUAGAUCACUUUCUCCAUACAAACGCAAGGGGAUUCGGAUCAAUGUACUUUGUCCUGAGUUCGUCAAAACAGAGCUGGCCACAGCAGGAGUAGGUGAAAGGUUUGCUGAACGAUUGGGAGGUUUUAUUCCCAUGGAGAUGGUGAUUAAAGGUACUUUUGAACUAAUCACCGAUGAGAGAAAAGCUGGUUCAUGCCUAUGGAUUACAAAUCGCAGAGGGAUGGAGUACUGGCCUACCUCUACAGAAGAAGCAAAAUACUUGCUUCCUUCCUCGCAUUUGAGAAAAAAAUCUUCAUCGGCAUUUUUUCAGAAAAUGGAUAUUCCCCAAAGUUUUGAAAAAGUAGUUGUUCAUACUCUGAGCCACAAUUUUCGUGGAGCAACUAGCAUUGUGCGCUCACCAUUGAGAUUGCCCAUCAGACCAGAUCAUGUUCUCGUGAAAAUCAUAUAUGCUGGCGUAAAUGCAAGCGAUGUAAAUUUCAGCUCAGGUCAUUAUUUCGGUAGUAGCAACAAAGAUCUUCAAUCUAUCCUUCCGUUAGAUGCUGGUUUUGAGGGUGUGGGUAUAAUUGCAGCAGUUGGUGAUUCUGUCACUCACCUGAAGGUUGGAACUCCUGCCGCAAUGAUGACGUUUGGAAGUUAUGCAGAGUUUGUCACGAUUCAUUCAAAACAUAUCCUUCCUGUUGCAAGACCCGAUCCAGAAGUUGUUGCCAUGCUGACUUCAGGACUAACGGCUUCCAUUGCUCUAGAAAAGGCAGCGCAAAUGGAAUCUGGAAAGGUUGUUCUUGUCACUGCUGCUGCUGGAGGCACUGGGCAAUUCGCUGUCCAGCUUGCCAAGUUAGCUGGAAAUAAGGUUGUUGCAACGUGUGGAGGUAAGGGAAAAGCCACACUUCUAAAAGAUUUGGGAGUUGAUCGAGUUAUAGAUUACAGAUCUGAAGACAUUAAAACUGUUCUAAAGACGGAGUAUCCUAAAGGCAUUGAUAUCAUCUAUGAGUCAGUUGGAGGUGAUAUGUUUAGUUUGUGUUUGAAUGCAUUGGCUAUCUAUGGACGACUGGUUGUGAUCGGAAUGAUCUCACAGUAUCAAGGAGAGAACGGAUGGGAGCCAUCAAAUUACCCAGGACUUUGCGAGAAAAUUCUAAAGAAGAGCCAAACUGUUGCUGGGUUCUUCCUCAUACAAUAUGCUCACCUCUGGCAACAACAUUUGGAUAGAUUAUUUCAUCUCUUCUCCUCAGGCAAGCUGAAGGUUUUGGUGGAUCCUAAAAGAUUUUUGGGCGUGCAGUCGAUUGUAGAUGCAGUUGAAUAUCUGCAUUCAGGCAAAAGUGUUGGCAAGGUUGUUGUAUGCAUUGACCCAACCUUCAUUGAACACAAAUCAAAGCUCUGAAACUGAAAUGCUUCCACCACCAAAGUUCUAACUUUGGACUGUCCGUACAAGAAGAGAAACCAAAGCCUAACUCUUGCUGUAAAGUUCUAAAAAAACCCAAAACUUAUGCAGGGAAAUCUCUUUGAUGACCAAUAAAAUCCCCUUUUUUUUCAUUGUUGAA